CUCUCUCUCUCUCUCCCAGAUUAUCAAACAUUAUUCCGGAUCCCUCCUCUCCUCUCUUCCCUCUCGUGUCUCUCCGGGGGUUUUCUGCUCCGGUACCGGUUCGGCGGCCCGCGGAGGUUCUGCAGCUCUUCAUCCUGCGGCUGCAGACGUCAGUGAAUCUGCUGAGACGUUCAGGUUAAUCGGAUUAUGCGGCUCUCCCCUCUGACCUCUCCCUGUCCGUGACGGUUGCCAUGGAGACUCCGUUCUACCACGAUGACGCGCCGGCCGCGCACAGCUUCAGCCAGGUGGCCGAGUACGAGCGCUACCCGGGCGGGAAGAUGCUGAUGAGCAAGAAGGCGGCGUCCAUGGGCGGCGGCCACCACUUCCUGGGCGGAGGCAACGCCGCGGCAGGAAGGAGCGGUAACCACGGCAACCUGGGCCUUCCCGGCAACAGCGCCCUGAUGGCGUCCGGCUCUUCGUCCGCGGCGACGGACAUGAACCUGCUGAAGCUGGCGUCCCCGGACCUGGAGCACCUGAUCAUCCAGUCCAAUCAGGGCCUGGUGUCCACAAGCCCCGCCUCCGGCGCCGCCAACCCCUUCCUGUACCGCAGCCAGGCCACCAACGAGCAGGAGGGCUUCGCCGACGGCUUCGUCAAGGCGCUGGCCGACCUGCACAAGCAGAACCAGCUGGUGGGCGGCGGACACGUGUCCCCGCCUGCGUCCUACCAGAGGAACCUGAUGUCCGGCGGAGACAUGCCCGUCUACACCAACCUGAGCAGCUACACCCCGGGGCAGAUGUCCUACGCCGGGGGGCAGAUGGCGUACGGCGGCGGGCCGCAGAGCCACGGCCGCGGCCCGGACGCCCCUCAGACCGUCCCGGAGGUCCCCCACCCGCCCGGCGACCCCGCGUCCCCGCCGUCUCUGUCCCCCAUCGACCUGGAGACCCAGGAGCGAAUCAAAGCCGAGCGCAAGAAGCUGCGCAACCGCAUCGCCGCGUCCAAAUGCCGCAAGCGGAAGCUGGAGCGGAUCUCCCGCCUGGAGGAGAAGGUGAAGGUCCUGAAGAACCAGAACUCGGACCUGGCGUCCACCGCCGCCAUGCUGCGGCAGCAGGUGGCCCAGCUCAAGCAGAAGGUCAUGAGUCACGUCACCAACGGCUGCCAGAUCGCCAUGGCAACCGGAGCCGCCGCCGCCAAGUCCGGACCCGGCAGCGAGGAUUCCAGCUGCUGAGCGGGACCACACCUGGACAGGUGAGGAAUCGUCGGCCAAUCGGAUCGCAGCGGAGGCGGAGCCAGACGACUGAGAGUCGUUUCCGGUUUGGGGUUUUUUAAAACGGGUUUCUGGGAUUUAUGACCGUUUGGUUUCGACAAGAGACUUGAUUUCAACAUUUUAAAGGAUUAAAACUGAAGAAACAUGAAAAUAAAAACUUUGCAGUUUGAAGACAAUUUUCCAAAAUGGAAACAAAAAACUUUGUAAAAAUGUUUUAAUUUCCAUAUUUUCACUUUGAAUUGAACAGUUUUCAUCCAAAUCCACCAUAAACUGUAAUUUUCUCUUCAUAUAUAGUUUAUGAUGUUUUAAAUCUUCUCUGCAGAAACAAGUUUCUUUAUUCCGUUUCAAAGAACAAACGUUUCUUUUCUUCUUCGGUUUACAUUUAUCAUAAAAGCAGCGAUUUGAUCAGAUGUUUCAUGUAACUUUAAAGGUUUUGGUUUUUCAAUCGUUCUACAACAUGAAAAUAUUCAUGGUGUAAAUGUGUUCAGAUGUUCGUGUUUUGCUCUGACAGCAGCUAAAAGUUUCUUAUUCUCAUUUUAUCCAGAAAAUAUUUUCUGAGCUGAACUUUGAACCUACGGCUUAUUUUAGAGAUGAAGGGAAAUACUUUGAAUUAGGAGCUAAAUUAGAUUUUUUAGAGUGGAAAAAUAAAAGCUGUAGGAAGUGAACUCCUCAUGGAGGCUUCAGGCUUUCAGGGUUUUGUUUUUAGAUUAAAGCAGAUUAAUAAACAUGCAAUGAAUCCAGUUUCGUUUUCAGAUUCCCGUCGGUGUUAAAAGAUUUUUGGGUUUUAUUGAGUUUAAACUGGAGGUUAAAUCAGUUUUAUGGAUCUUUGGAUCGAUGCUGAAUUUUUCUGUUAUGAUUGAAACGAGACUAAACUGUAAGCUCAUUGUUGACUGUAUGAAAUCAAUUAUUUGUUCAUGUUUUGUUGCUAUAAGCUAUUGCUUCAGUUUUUGUAAAUGUUUCUGUAAAUGUUCCGAUCCUCCAGUUUUAUGUGGUUUCAUGGAAAUUCACACAAAUUUCACUGAUCCUGCAACAAAAUUCUGACUUUAUUUCCUACAAAACACAGAAGCAUUGUGUUGAAGUGAUGCUGCCUCCCACCUGCAGGUGGCAGUAGCUCUUAUAUCUGCUUGAAGUUCAGUUUGUGAUGGAUGUCGCUAAAUUCUGCACAAAUAUUUCUAACUGAUUAUUUAUUGCAAAACAAAAAAUAACAAAAACAAUCAUGAAAUCCUGGAGGGAUAUUUAAUGAUGCUCUGAAAAAAAGCACAAUUAAUUUAAUACCAAAAUAAUAACAGUUUUCCUCUGAGCUUUAAUCUACAGCUGUAUUUAUUCCACUUUUUCACAGCUUAGCGUUAGCAUUAGGCUCUUAGCAUCGUUUACAUUAAUUAUAUGGACUCUGUGGCUGAAAACUGAUUAUCUGGCUGAAAUAUUUCUAAUAUUUCAGAAAUACAGGAGCAGAAUGUGACUCCCGUAUUUUAAAAAAACAAACCCAUCCAGUUUAUUUUGGCUUUAAUGAAAUGUAAAUGUCAUCAUAGUGAGAUGUUUCUGUAUUUAUGUCUGGCAUUUUAAACACGUUUAGCUUAAAUACAAAAACCUGCUUGACUAGCAGCUGAUACAGAAGCUAGCAUGACAAAAACUACAGCAGCUAACAUGGCAGCUAUCAGACGUAAAGUUAGCUACAAGCUAACUACAAGCUAACUAGCAUGUUCAUUUAAUAUUUUCCUUGAACCGACUGUUUACAUUGUUUUUAUUUAAAAUGAAGAAGAACUUUUCUGGCGACCGCAGAGUUUUCAGAACGUUAGCGUUUGCAUGCUAGCAGUUGGAAAAUUGUUAUUGGUUUACAUUGUAAAAAUGAAAAAGACCAAAAAUCUGUAUAAAACUUAAAUAGUGAUUUAAAAAAUAACAUAAAAGAUAUCAGUCAUAAAAACAGCUGAAUGACUGAUGACUUAUGAAAACGUUGGAUGGAGUUUCUGCUUACAGAAACAGAAGCAGUUAGCGCUCAAAUAGCACAAAGUUUUCCUUAACUUGGCAAAACAACCAACCGUUAGCUUAGCAUCGAAGAACCGACGCAGCGUCUGGUUUGACAGAAAUAUUUAAAAGUAACUUGUCAAACAUUAAGUAGUGAAAUAAAAACAGAAUCGACGUAAAUAAAAGCUAACACGCUAACUAACAUGUAGCUGCAGCAACUAGCAUGUGGCUACAGGCUUUUUCACACACGAUUAACCACAAUAAAUUUAGUUUUAGUCUUUUUUGCUUCCCAUAAACACCAGGCCUAAUAUUUACAUUUUAAAUAUGUUUGUUUUACGUUUAAUGUGACAGAUUUUUGGUAGAAACUUUUCCUGACAGAAAGCAGCGCAGCGCAACGCAGCUCGUUAGCAUCAACAUGACGGCUUCUUUUAAAGAGAACCGAUCAGGAAGCAGAAGAUUCAGGACUGAAAUCCUUUCAGGGUUUGAUAGCUUCACAUAGUGAAGUGAUUUUUUACUUUAUGUAAAUAAAACUCAGUUUUCUGUUGAAGCCGUUUGUUUGUUUCCUGUUUUUAUCCACAUUUAAUCCCAAACUUUCAGCCAGGAGGCGAAUCGACCCUUUAACAUCACAGACUGUUUAAUGCUGAGUUUAAAUGAGGUUUUACAGUUAACCGUUCAACUAAAACAAGAUGGAGGAUUGGAGAAACACCUUCCUGUGUGUUGAGCAAAUAUUUAUUUUUAAACUUGAAAAGGCUUUUUGCCUCCUGAGGAUAUUUUUGCACAGAUGUACAAAACUUGUUUCUAUGUUGACGUGAUCAGAUUAAUGUUUCUAUUUAUUAUGUUUUUAUUGGACCUGUUGAUUUCUGCUGUCUGGUGUUUCUGUGAUGAAGUGUUGAAACCUUUAACCCCAUCAUGACUGCGUUGUUUAUAAAUAAACUUUGUUAAACAUGUUAAAUACUGUAGUUAUUUUUCACGUCUGGAUUUUUGUUUAAAUUGAUGUAAAACUGUAAAAUUGUUGGUUUCAUGUUGAGAAAUCAGAGGAAUCUGAAGUUUCCUCUUUACAAAACUUUUAGUUCAGUUUCACUGUGAACUGAAGAAAUGAAGGAAACGAAC